AUGACUGAGGUUUUACAACUUUCUUUGCAGUGUUACAUGGGGCGCUUUUGCCUACCGGUAGACCCACAGCUGAGUAUUCGCGAGACGUUGCGGUACUUCAGACGGAAGGUCCCGGAAUUGGGUCAAGUAGAUAUGGACGCCUACGCGAUAAACUACAACGGGAAGUUAUUGCUGGAAGAAACCAUCACACUAAAGAGCGCACAGGUUGGGGAGGACGGUGUAUUGAUACUUGUGAAGAAGAGCGAUUGCCCUGCGGCUGACACCAGAAAGGAUGAGGAUGACGAGUGA